AUGAAGCCGUUGGGUGAUGUAGAUGAGGGAGUGAGGAAGCAUUGGGACCGGCAGCUGCCGCUGACGCCGCCGGCUACGGUUGAGAAGUGCCUGGAACGGCAGAAUCACGAAGAUAUUACGCCCAAGAAGCUGCUGCCGCAGCUGAAAUCGAAAUCGAGAAAGCCUAGGCUGAAGUAUAGGCCAGAGCCAAACACUGUGUUCAACAUUGACGACUAUAUGGCGGGGAUCCGUAGCGGGAAGGAUGUGAAAAAUGCAGAGUUUGUAAGAUACGCGCUGCAGCAUAGCAAAAGAGUCAUCAUGAUCACUGGUGCUGGGAUCUCAGUGGCCGCAGGCAUCCCGGACUUCAGAUCAAGCAAUGGUCUGUUCUCUCAGCUAAAGGGAAAACACGGAUCAUCGGGUAAAGAGCUGUUUGACUUUAAUGCUGUUUACUCGAGCGAUGAGAUGAACCUCAAGUUCAAUAGCAUGAUCGCGUCUUUGCAUAAACUCUCAAAGAACUGUAGUCCGACGGAGUUCCACAGGAUGAUCAAUGAUAUAGCGCUGGAGGGAAGACUACAGAGGCUCUACACGCAGAACAUCGACGGUCUGGAUACAAGACUGUCCAAUUUGGCCACCAGCGUGCCGUUGAGCAUCCCGCCUCCCCAAACUGUACAAUUGCAUGGCAGUAUAAACCAUAUGGAGUGCAACAAAUGCUCUCUCGUAGUCGAAUUGGAUCCUGCUGUUUUCAAAUGCGACGGGGAAAACGAAACCGGAGUUAAGCUUGUCCCUAACUGUGCACAAUGUGAGGAGUACGACGCUGUGCGUAUGGCAGCUGGCAUUAGAACGCAAGGUGUAGGGAAACUGAGGCCAAGAGUGGUCUUGUACAACGAGAUCCACCCGGAAGGUGACGAAAUUGGGCGGAUCACCACUUCAGACCUGCGGAAGAAGCCUGACUGUCUGGUCAUCGCAGGGACUUCUUUACAGAUACCGGGUGUGAAGGCAAUCUGUAAACAGUUUGGGCAAAAAGUGAAGGCAUCGAGGGGCAUAGUGCUAUAUCUAAACCAAGAGUAUCCUAAUCGGGCCGCUAUAGAGACCAUUGGCUGCGCUGAUCUGGUUGUCCUCGGGGACUGCCAGAACGUACCGAGACUUUUAUCAGAAGACUCUUUUUAA